AUGAUCGGUACCACAACUGACGAGCCAAUUCACGUGCUCGAUCUGCCCCAGAUCUACCAGAAGGCAUCGGGGACCGAUCUCCUCAAGGCGCUCGCCUUGUUGGCUUUACAGCCACGCACGUUUGGUACCAGUGCGGAGGCUGUCAAGGGACCCUCGGUCCAGCCGGCGGGGGUGACGAGAUAUCUCACCCAGAUCAUCUCCAGUCCGUUGGCAUGGCUGGAGACCGAUGAAUUGCGCGAGGCCGUGUGGGAUGCUGCGGGAGCUCGUCUCAGUGAACGCUCUGGCCGUACCGCCAUGCCGGCCAUGUCGCGCAUUUUCAGUAUUCCCACGUCCUCUGGUGAGGACUAUACCCUCACCUUGCAUGAACCCUCUCUCACCUCGGACAACCUGGGCAUGAAGACCUGGGUGUCGUCCUACCUGCUCUCCCGCCGCCUGCACAAACUGCUCGAGUCUCCGCCUGAACUCGUCCCCGCUCGCUCGACUGGCCCUUCGACCGGGGCAUCUCAAGAAAAGAAGCCACUUCGAGCUCUUGAACUUGGUUCGGGAACUGGUCUGGUGGGUUUAUCCUUUGCAGCAUUGAAGGGCAAGUCAGCCACGGUCCAUUUGACCGACCUCCCCGAGAUCGUGCCGAAUUUGGCUCACAAUGCCGCUCUGAAUGUCGAGCUGCUUAACAACACCGAGGGUACUGUGACCACCGGUAUAUUGGACUGGUCUGUUGCGCCUACACCGUUGCCCACCGCGGAAGAGCGAUUCGACGUGAUCCUCGCGGCCGAUCCAUUGUACUCACCCAACCACCCCAAGUGGCUGGUGGACACAAUCGCGCCCUGGCUGAGCAAGGGGUUAGAUGCUCGCGUUGUCGCAGAGAUGCCAUUGCGCGAUGCGUAUCUACCGCAGGUGCAAGAGUUUCGCCAGCGCAUGACCGAUCUCGGUUUGGCAGUCGUUGAAGAGGGUGAAGAGAUCGGGUACGAUGACUGGGAGAGUUCCGAUGGCGAUGCACUUGCUGUGAAGUGCUGGUGGUCCGUUUGGGGAUGGAGCGAGCAAGUAUGA